AGAGGGAAUAAGGUUAAACGCCGGUUGGUGGUUAGUCGGUCUCUUGUAUACAGACAUAAUCACAUAACAUUUCUGACAUUGCGUUAUCCGUAAAGGUUGUGAUUGUAUAUUGGUGCAGCUGUGUACUGGAAAGGAUAAGUUGAUAUGGCUGAAGGAACUACUACUGCAGGACUAUCGGAUAGUACCAGUGAAUAUAGUCAGAUCAAAGAUUUGAUAGAUCAACCCCUGAGUGAUGGCGACACAUGGUAUCUUAUUGAUGUUCACUGGUUCAAUUCAUGGAAGAAAUAUGUUGGAUGGGAUAAAUGGGACUCUAGCCAUGUAGGUGAUCCUACUUGUCAUCCAGGAAAUAUUGAUGUUUCAGCUCUCUUGAAAGAAAAUACUACAGAAUUAAAAGAACAUUUGACAGAAGACAUUGAUUUUGCAUUGGUACCUGAACCAGUCUGGAACUUGCUUGUUAAAUGGUACCAACUUGCUCCGGGACAGGAACCUAUAGCCCGAAAGGUAGUAGACCAUGGUAUGCUAACCAGUUACCUACGGGUCGAAAUUUAUUUGACGGAGCUUAAAUUGGCUAAAUACCCUGAGACUGAGAAAACAUAUGUGAAGAAAUUCAGCAAACGAGAUACACUAGAAACUGUCGAAAAAGUUUUACGUGACGUAUUUGAAAUUCCUGAAAAUAGCAACAUACAUCUGUGGACGAAAUCAAGCAACCAAACUUAUGAAGAAUUACCAAUGAAAAAGCAAUCAAUUCAGGAACUUAGUUUAAUGACAAACCAAACAUUAGUGGCUGAAGUACAAAACGAGGAUGGAACAUGGCCGCGAAAGACAUCAUAUUCAAAACGGUCAGCAGGGGCAUCCUAUUCAUCACUUCGCCAUUAUGAUGGGGAUUCUUCAUCUUCCCGUUCCGUUCAACCAGGCCUUUGUGGACUGAACAACUUGGGCAACACUUGCUUUAUGAAUAGUGUGUUGCAAUGUAUGUCAAAUACUCCACCCAUUCAACGGUACUUCUUGGAAGAACGACAUUGGGCUGAAUUGAACAAGGAGAAUCCUCUAGGCAAUCAAGGUGAAAUAGCAAAAGCUUUCGCCGAACUCUUAAAAGCAAUGUGGUCUGGCCAACACCAUGCAUUCCCUCCGAGGGCAUUCAAGUUGCAAGUCGGUAGAUUUGCUCCGCAAUUUUCAGGAUACCAGCAGCAUGACUCACAAGAAUUACUAACCUUUCUUCUGGAUGGCUUGCACGAAGAUUUGAAUCGGAUUUCGAAGAAGCCUUACAUUGAACUCAAGGACGCUGACGGACGUUCAGAUGCGGAAGUGGCUCGUGAAGGCUGGGAAAAUUACCGUAAGCGAAAUGAUUCCGUCAUUGUGGAUCUCUUUCAUGGAUUAUUGAAAUCAACCUUGGUCUGCCCGGAGUGCAACAAAGUCUCGGUUACCUUUGACCCGACUUGUUAUCUCUCGCUUCCAAUGCCGGUCAAGAAGGAAAGAUCAAUCGAGUUGUAUCUGGCACGCGUAGACCCUGAGCAGAAGGCUAUGCGCUAUCGAGUGAUAGUACCAAAAAUGGGUACGAUCCUUGACUUGACUGAAGCUUUAUCUAAACUCUGUGGAAUCCCAGCCGAUCACCUGAUAGUGGCUGAUGUCCAUCAGCAUAAAUUUCAUCAAGUCUUUACGAACGAAAGCAGCAUUUCUCAAAUCAGCGAACGUGAUGUCAUAUAUGUGUAUGAGCUACCGGAAAGGCUUGGGACACCAGGCACGUGUUGUUUAGGUGUGUACCUAAAAGAAGUAAAGACUAGAAACAAUUACGGCUAUGGUAGCAUGUUCGGUGUUCCCUUCAUCCUUCAAGUGCCUCGUGAAGGGAUGGAUCAUGAUCACCUAUACCAAUGCAUAGUGACACGUAUGAAACGUUGUCUAAAAGCAUCAAAUGAUCAGGAACUGGCAGGACCAUCGUCAUCUGAUGUUAUCACGGAUAUAUCGUCCACAAAUCAAAACGUGUGUGAGAAUGAGAUGGACACCGAAGACGCUGACAUGUCGCUCGAGAACGGCAACGAACUGCCAUCUAUGGAGAUCAAUGGAAUUGAUUCUGCUGCAAAGACGUCACAAUCUAAACAGCUUUUUUCCAUGGAUUUGGUCAACUUGAGCGGAAAUUCGAGUCUUGGCAAAAUAAAGGAAAAUGGAAAACCAAUUACCCUUGCCACAAAAAGUUUCGUGUCCUGCGAAUGGGACCCGGCUAUUAAAGAAGUAAGCUACGAUGCCGAAGCUGCCGAAGAAUACACCGAAGACGCGUCGUCACAGCAAAGGGUAAAUGUGAAAAAGCAAGUUCUUCAGCUAAAGGAAUGCCUUGAAGUCUUUACCUCUGUUGAACGAUUGGGAGCUGAUGAUGCCUGGUAUUGUCCUACCUGUAAAAAGCAUGUAAGAGCAACCAAGAAAUUCGAUUUGUGGUCGCUACCUGAAGUACUCGUCAUCCACUUAAAACGUUUUUCGUACACGCGGUCUCUAAGAGACAAGCUUGAUACACUGGUAGAAUUCCCUAUCCGUGGAUUAAAUAUGGCCCCUUAUAUAAUUGAUCCCAAUCCAACGGAUGCCGUUUAUGACUUAAUCGGGGUCUGUAAUCAUUAUGGAGGACUUGGCGGUGGCCACUAUACUGCCUAUGCGAAGAACAAGGAUGAUAAUUGUUGGUAUUAUUUCGAUGAUAGCAGUGUCUCCGAAGCAAGCGAGGAGUCUGUUUGUUCGAAAGCGGCAUAUGUUUUGUUUUACAUACGGCGUAACCAAAACGGGAGAUGGAUUGAAAAUGUCAGGCCGGCAAAGUCUUCCCCAGCACCCGUCCACAAGCCGCACGCGAAGCGAAAUUCCGCGAAUGAUAGCGAAGAAGAAAUGGAUUCGAGUUGAUUGAGCGUUUUCACCGGAUCGUUGCGCCGCUUUCAGUGCUAGUCCUUUACUCGUGCUGUGCUUUGUACAGAGCUUUCGGGAAUGAACUUUGUUGGAUAUUUGGUGUUUACUACACAUUACUAUUCAA